AGGCACCUCCGGGCAGGUCGCUCCCGCAGGCCGCGGGCCUCCAUGCGCUCGCGCCGAUGCAGGCCGUGCUGCGCGCAGCCUGGCGCACGGCCGCCUCGGCGCGGGACGCCGGCGCGCGCGAGCUUCGAGGGAUGGGCAUUGGACGAUGCCCGGCGCGACCACGCGGAAGCCGCGGGCUGGGGCCAGGUUGUCGCCGUGGUCGUUGGGCGCGCCGGGGAGCUCUCCAUUUCGGACGACCUUGCCGCGGGCGGCCCCGUGGCGCGGGCGGCGCUCGCGGACUGGCGCGCGGAGCUGCACGCGCAGGCCCUGGCCAAGGGCCUCAGCGCCCCCCUCCUGUACGCCGCGGCGGCCGUCGAGCGCUGGGCGGCGCCCAGCGACCCUGGCGCGGCACCGCACGUGGCCACGGGGACGGCGGCGCCCUGGCCGAAGAGGCGAGCAGGCAACCCGUCAUCGCGGAGGCCGGCGAGGCGGCGGCGGCGGCGGCCCCCGAGCGCGAGCAGGUGACGGGGGAGAUUGACACCGGUUUUCUGGACACGCACGAGAGGCUGCUGCGCUGGUCCCAGGGAUCACAGCUGGACGUCAGGCGCGCCGACGCCUUCGCGGAGUACGCGGCGGCGACCUGGGCGGCCCUGGGCGCCGCUGGUGCGGGGGAGCCGGCAGGCCGCAUGUUCCCCUCGAAGUACGACGCAGCCAUGGGUGCUUAUCGUCGUGGCCAGCCCAGCUUGCGGGAUGAGAAGGGUGACCCGAGGCAGUGGCACCACGUGGGAGGCAGUGCUGACGCAUCCAGCAAAGUACCAUGCACCGAUUGCGGCUACAAGAAGAACCUUCCCCACGCCUGGUUCUGCGAGCGUUGCCUCCUGCCCUUCGCUCUCGUGGAGCCGAAGCAGCAGCCUCUAGCAGGGGGGUGCUGGGCGGACCUGCCUGCGCUCUUAUCGCUGCCCGCGCGCGGAGAGGCUCAGCCAGGGGGCGAGGGCGGCAAGCAGGGGCCCAAGGGCUCCAAGGGCAAGGGCCAGGGAGGGAAGUAA